AGAAUGAAUUAUUGCUUAUUGCUGCCUUUUAUGUUGGGAAUUCCUCUCCUAUGGCCUUGCUUUAUGGCAACAGAAAUCUCUCGAACAGAGGAAGUGAAGCACCCAGUGAAUUCUCACUUGAGAGCAAAGCGUGGUUGGAUGUGGAACCAGUUUUUUGUACCAGAGGAAAUGAAUAAGACUAAGUAUCACAUCGGCCAGCUAAGAUCUGAUUUAGACAAUGGAAACAAUUCUUUCCAGUACAAGCUUUUGGGCGCUGGAGCUGGAAGUAUUUUUGUCAUUGAUGAGAGAACAGGUGACCUAUAUGCUGCGCAGAAGCUUGAUAGAGAAGAACAAUCCCUCUACACUCUAAGGGCCCAGGUAAUAGACAGCAGUACUGGAAGGGCUGUGGAACCCGAGUCUGAGUUUGUCAUCAGAGUGUCGGAUAUCAAUGACAAUGAACCAAAAUUCCUAGAUGAACCCUAUGAGGCCAUUGUACCCGAGAUGUCUCCAGAAGGAACAUUAGUCAUCCAGGUGACGGCAAAUGAUGCUGAUGAUCCUUCAAGUGGCAAUAAUGCUCGUCUCCUAUACAGUUUACUUCAAGGCCAGCCCUAUUUCUCCAUUGAACCAACAACAGGAGUCGUAAGAAUAUCUUCUAAAAUGGAUAGAGAACUGCAAGAUGAGUAUUGGGUAAUUAUUCAAGCCAAAGAUCUGAUUGGUCAGCCCGGAGCACUGUCUGGAACAACAAGUGUAUUAAUUAAACUUUCUGAUAUUAAUGACAAUAAACCUAUAUUUAAGGAAAGUUUGUAUCGCUUGACUGUCUCUGAAUCUGCACCCACUGGGACUUCUAUAGGAAAAAUCAUGGCAUAUGAUAAUGACAUAGGAGAGAAUGCAGAGAUGGAUUACAGCGUUGAAGAUGAUUCCCAAACAUUUGACAUAAUUACUAAUAAUGACACACAAGAAGGAAUGGUGAUAUUAAAAAAGAAAGUGAAUUUUGAGUACCAGAAUGACUAUCGUAUUAGAGCGAGUGUUAGAAACCGCCAUGUUGAUGAGCAGCUCAUGAAAUACCACGUUGAAGUGUCCACCACCCUCAUUAAGGUCCAGGUGGAAGAUGAAGAUGAACCUCCAGUUUUCCUCCAUCCGUAUUACCUAUUUGAAACCUUCGAAGGAAGACCACAAGGAUCAUUUGUAGGCAUGGUCUCUGCCACAGAUCCAGAUCAGAGGAACUCUCCUAUCAGGUAUUCUAUUAUGAGAAGCAAAGCGUUCAGUGUCGAUGGCAAUGGCACAAUCAUCACAACCAGUGUUCUUGAUCGAGAGAUUACUGCUUGGUACAACCUAAGUAUUACAGCCACAGAAGAAUACAAUGUGCAACAAGUUUCCGCAGUCCCUGUGUAUGUGCAAGUUCUUAAUAUUAAUGAUCAUGCUCCUGAGUUCUCUGAAUUCUAUGACACGUAUGUUUGUGAAAAUGCAGUCUCUGGUCAGGUAAUUCAGACCAUCAGUGCAGUAGAUAGAGAUGAAUCCAUAGAAGAUCACCAUUUUUACUUUAAUCUAUCUGUGGAAGACACAAAGAACUCAAGUUUUACAAUCAUAGAUAAUCAAGAUAACACAGCUGUAAUUUUGACUAAUAGAACUGGUUUUAGCCUUCAAGAAGAGCCUGUCUUCUAUUUAUCGGUCCUAAUCGCUGACAAUGGAAUGCCAUCACUUACAAGUACCAACACCCUCACCAUACACGUCUGUGACUGUGAUGACUAUGGAAGUACACACACUUGCAGGAAUAAAGACCGUAUGCUUUCCAUGGGGUUCAGAACAGAAGUCAUACUUGCUAUUUUAAUAAGCAUUAUGAUAAUAUUUGGGUUUAUUUUUUUGAUCGUAGGCCUAAAACAGAGAAGAAAACAGACUCUGUUUCCUGAGAAAGGUGAAGAUUUCAGAGAGAAUAUAUUCAGAUAUGACGAUGAAGGGGGAGGAGAAGAAGAUACAGAGGCUUUUGAUAUCGUAGAGCUGAGAAACAGCACCCUCAUGCGGGAACGAAAGACCCGGAAAACCGCGACUGCAGAGAUCAGAAGCCUGUACAGGCAGUCUUUACAGGUCGGCCCAGACAGUGCCAUUUUCAGGAAAUUCAUUCUAGAAAAGCUCGAGGAGGCGAAUACUGAUCCUUGCGCCCCUCCUUUUGACUCCCUCCAGACCUACGCUUUUGAGGGAACAGGGUCCUUAGCUGGAUCCCUGAGCUCCUUGGGCUCCGCAGCCUCUGAUCUGGAUGAAUAUUAUGAUUACCUUAAUGAGUUGGGACCUCGCUUUAAAAGAUUAGCAUGCAUGUUUGGUUCUGGUACGCAGUCAAAUAAUUAG